CAACAAAUGCGUAAACACAAGCCUCUGGUUGAAUUUAUUGAAACUCAUUGUCAAGAAAGAGCAUACUCUUUUCAGAUAAAAAAAUGUAAUCAAGCUACUUACAAAAUACGUUAUCCUAUUAGAAUGCCCAUUGACAUUUUCCUGAUCCAGUACCAUCACGAGAAAAAUUCCGUUCUUCCCCAAUCAAUAUGGAGUCUAAAACUAGUGAUUCACGAUUAACAGAGCUCAAGCUCGGGCGCGUGAUUCAUGUGUGGCUAGUAAGUGUAGCUAUGGAAAUUGCACUACGCAGUUAUCUUCAAUAAUUGUUGACCGUUGGCCUAAAUUAACUUCUUUACUUAACCCUAAGGUCAACACUAACUCCAAAGGCAAAAGUUUCAGCCUAAACUAACCUUCCUUACCUAACCCUAAGAUACUCCAACGUCAGCAUUAUCUUGAAAAAGGAUGGGUACAUUAGUACUUUAGAUGAUAUUGGUUUAUGGUUAGAUAGCAAAAUUAAUAAUUUAGAUAGUAAUACCGAGUAGCGGGAAAGGAACUGCCAUCACAUGGGCAGGCUUUCCCCCAUGAAACAUCCUGCUACUCUAUCAUUUUUUACUUCGUAUUUAUUACUUUGCAAAAAAUAUAAUAAAGACAUUUGAAUUUUUU